AUGCUUGAUUUGGAAUGUUUUACAUUUUUACAUAGAGCGUUGGAAUCUGAAAUUAGUCCAAUUAUUGUUUUUGCUACAAAUCGGGGGAGAACAAAAAUUAGGAAUUCUGAUGAAAUUGGAUUUUAUGGAAUUCCUUCUGAUUUAAUUGAUCGAUUAUUAAUUGUUCCAACAAAAUUAUAUUCUAUUGAUGAAAUUUCUUUGGUAAAUCUAUUUUUUUACGUUAAGAGGACCUGA